UUAACUGAUUAUUACAGAAAAAGCGGUGCAUUCUUUGAUGACGUAAUUUUUAUUCUAAAUAUAAAACGAAGAAUUAAUAUAUAACCAGCAACACUGAUGUGUGUAUUUUCUUUAAAGUUUCAUUUCAAAAAGUAUUAAUAAUAUUAAUGAUAUACAACAAUAAUUUUUAGUUUAGAAAAAUACUAGGUAUUUUUUUAAAUAAUCUGUAAUAUAUAACGUUCAUAUUUUUUUUAAUUAAAAGAAAAAGGAAGUAACGACAAUUAAUAAAUUAGCUCUCCUUUAUCAUUAAAGAAUGCCAGGUGUUACAGGGAUGUCUUUGGAUAAUAUGUUCUGUUCUCGAUGUAGAGAAGGUUUUGUGCCUCAUGAAAAGAUUGUUAAUUCAAAUGGAGAGCUAUGGCAUCCUCAAUGCUUUGUAUGCGCACAAUGUUUCCGUCCAUUCCCAGAUGGAAUAUUCUAUGAAUUUGAAGGGUACAAAUAUUGUGAACAUGAUUUCCAUGUCUUAUUUGCACCUUGUUGUGAAAAAUGCGGAGAAUUUGUUAUUGGCCGUGUAAUAAAAGCAAUGAAUGCUAAUUGGCACCCAGGAUGUUUCCGUUGUGAAGAAUGCAAUGGUGAAUUAGCUGAUGCAGGAUUUAUUAAAUGUCAGGGUAGAGCUUUAUGCCAUACGUGUAAUGCACGUGUUAAGGCUGGGGCACUUGGAAAAUAUAUUUGUCAUCAGUGCCAUGGUGUAAUUGAUGACAAACCUCUCCGUUUUCGCGGAGAACUCUAUCAUCCGUAUCAUUUUAAUUGUACUGCUUGUGGUAUAGAACUUAAUUCAGAUGCUAGAGAGGUUAACUCUAGACCAGGAUAUGCUGCCAAUGAAAUGAAUGAGCUAUACUGUUUGAGAUGUCAUGAUAAAAUGGGAAUUCCAAUUUGCGGUGCAUGUCGACGUCCGAUUGAGGAACGAGUAGUAACUGCUCUAGGUAAACAUUGGCAUGUUGAACAUUUUGUUUGUGCAAAAUGUGAAAAGCCGUUUUUAGGUCAUCGACAUUAUGAGAAAAAAGGUUUAGCUUAUUGUGAAACACAUUACCAUCAACUUUUCGGUAAUUUGUGUUUUGUAUGUAAUCAAGUAAUUUCUGGCGAUGUUUUUACAGCUUUGAAUAAAGCAUGGUGCGUACAUCACUUCGCUUGUGCAUUUUGCGAUCAAAAAAUGAAUCAAAAAACUAAAUUUUUUGAAUUUGAUUUAAAACCCGCCUGUAAAAAGUGUUACGAUAAAUUUCCACAAGAAUUGAAAAAACGUAUGCGCCGAAUGUAUGAUUUAAAUCCUAAAAGACUACCAGCUUAAUCAUAUAAGCAACAUAUAUCAGCUUAUGGUUAAUUAAACGUAAAAUGAAAUAUCUCUUAAUAUUAUCAAUGAAAGUUUA